CUCUCUCUCUCUCUCUUUCGCUCUCUCUCUCUCUCGCUCUCUCCCUAUCUCUCCCUCUUUCUAUCCACACACAAACACACAGUCCAAACAUCAGAUGCAGAGUUCCAGGGAGUGGGGAUCUGAAUGUAGAUCAGGACCAGUUCAUAUGUGGUGAUGGUCGUAGCUGGAGGCAUAGAGGACUAGUGGCUACACCUCUCUCUUUCUCUCUUCUUUCCUUCCUCCUCCUCUGCUUUCCCACAGAGUUGUGGGAGCAGACGGCUCGGCUCCAACGUCUUCCUGCUCUCGUUCAGCCCGCUGGGAAUCAAUUUAUUUUAACCCUUCGCUGGCGCUACUGCUCUUUGGGACUCUGGGAGUCUUUGGGGGAAUUUUAAAGGAGGUUUGGGUUGAUUUUGUCUGGAAUCACUGUAGUAGGAGGUAGCAGGCAGCCAUGGCGCACGCCGCUGCCCACAUUAAGAAGUCCAGAGUGGAGCUAGUGGAGCAGCAGGGUCCUGACCUGAAGGCUCUGGAGAAAGCCCGUCAGAGGAGGAUACGUUCCCGGGAACGGGCCGAGCGCAAACGCAAGUCGGACAGCAACACCAGCUUCCUGCGAGCGGCGAGGGCGGGGAACAUCGACAAGGUUCUGGAGUACCUGAAGGGUGGAGUGAACAUCAGCACCUGCAAUCAGAAUGGGCUCAACGCGUUGCACCUGGCAGCUAAGGAGGGCCAUGUGGAGCUGGUCCAGGAGCUGCUGGAGAGAGGCUCGGCUGUGGACUCGUCCACCAAGAAAGGAAACACAGCCCUCCACAUUGCCUCUCUGGCUGGACAGGCUGACGUAGUGAAGAUGCUGGUGAAGCAGGGAGCAGAAAUUAACUCUCAGUCUCAGAAUGGCUUCACUCCUCUGUACAUGGCUGCUCAGGAGAACCAUAUAGAUGUGGUCCGUUACCUUCUGGAGAACGGAGGUAACCAGAGCACCGCCACAGAGGAUGGCUUCACCCCCCUGGCCAUCGCUCUCCAGCAGGGCCACAACCAGGUGGUGUCUGUCCUGCUGGAGAAUGACACCAAGGGCAAGGUGCGGCUGCCCGCCCUGCACAUCGCCGCCCGCAAGGACGACACCAAGUCAGCAGCGCUGCUCCUCCAGAACGACCACAACGCCGACGUCCAGUCCAAGAUGAUGGUCAAUAGGACUACGGAGAAUGGAAAGAGUGGAUUCACGCCACUGCAUAUCGCUGCCCACUAUGGAAACGUGAACGUGUCCACCUUACUGCUGAACCGUGGGGCGGCUGUGGACUUCACAGCCAGGAAUGGGAUCACGCCCCUCCACGUGGCCUCCAAGCGUGGUAACACUAACAUGGUGCGCCUCCUACUGGACAGGGGGUCUCAGAUCGACGCUAAGACUAGGGACGGCCUCACACCUCUACACUGUGCAGCCAGGAGUGGACAUGACCCAGCAGUGGAGCUACUGUUGGAGAGAGGAGCACCUAUGCUGGCCAGGACCAAGAACGGUCUGUCUCCUCUCCACAUGUCCUCUCAGGGUGACCACGUUGAGUGUGUCAAGCACCUGCUGCAGCACAAGGCGCCUGUUGAUGAUGUCACACUGGACUACCUGACGGCGCUGCAUGUCGCCGCCCACUGCGGUCACUACAGAGUCACCAAGCUGCUGCUGGACAAGAGGGCCAACCCCAACGCUAGAGCACUGAAUGGUUUCACUCCGCUGCACAUCGCCUGUAAGAAGAACCGAGUGAAGGUGAUGGAGCUGCUGGUGAAAUACGGAGCAUCUAUCCAGGCCAUCACAGAGUCUGGCCUGACUCCCGUUCACGUAGCAGCCUUCAUGGGUCACCUCAACAUCGUUCUGCUGCUGCUACAGAACGGAGCCUCCCCUGACGUUAGCAACAUUCGCGGGGAGACGGCUCUACACAUGGCGUCCAGGGCAGGACAAGUGGAGGUGGUGCGCUGUCUGCUGAGGAACGGAGCCAUGGUGGACGCUAGAGCCAGGGAGGACCAGACACCCCUCCACAUCGCGUCUCGUCUGGGGAAGACUGAGAUAGUCCAGUUGCUACUGCAGCAUAUGGCCCACCCUGACGCCUCCACGACUAACGGAUACACACCUCUCCACAUCUCAGCCAGGGAGGGACAGGUGGACGUGGCUUCAGUACUGCUGGAGGCGGGCGCCUCACACUCGCUGGCUACUAAGAAAGGAUUCACUCCCCUGCAUGUGGCAUCCAAGUACGGAAGCCUGGAUGUUGUCAAACUUCUCCUGAAGAAAACAGCUCCCCCUGAUUCUGCUGGGAAGAAUGGCCUCACACCUCUCCAUGUCGCAGCACAUUAUGAUAACCAGAAGGUGGCGCUCCUGCUUUUGGACAAAGGGGCCUCCCCCCACACCACGGCCAAGAACGGCUACACCCCACUCCACAUUGCGGCGAAGAAGAACCAGAUGGACAUAGCGGUGGUGCUGCUGCAGUACGGGGCCGAGACCAACAUCCUGACCAAGCAGGGGGUCACCCCUCUACACCUGGCCUCACAGGAGGGGCACGCUGACAUGGUCGCCCUGCUCAUCGAGAAGGGGACUCAAGUCAACGUCCCCACCAAGAGUGGCCUCACCUCCCUCCAUCUUGCUGCCCAGGAGGACAAGGUGGUUGUCAGUGAGAUACUGGCUACACAUGGAGCCAACCUGGACCAGCAAACUAAGUUGGGCUACACUCCACUGAUUGUAGCGUGUCACUAUGGAAACGCCAAGAUGGUCAACUUCCUCUUACAGAACGGUGCUAGCGUCAACGCCAAAACCAAGAAUGGGUACACUCCCCUCCACCAAGCAGCACAGCAAGGAAAUACACACAUCAUCAAUCUACUGCUGCAGAAUGGAGCUAAGCCCAACAACAUCACUGUGAAUGGUAACACAGCUCUGGCCAUCGCCCGGCGACUGGGCUACAUCUCUGUGGUGGACACACUCAAGGUGGUCACCGAGGAGAUCAUUACCUCGACAACCACGGUGACAGAGAAACACAAGAUGAACGUUCCUGAGACCAUGACUGAAGUCCUGGAUGUGUCUGAUGAGGAGGGUGAUGACACUAUGACAGGGGAUGGAGGGGAGUAUCUGAGGGCAGAGGACCUGAGGGAGCUGGGGGAUGACUCCCUGCCUGGACAGUACCUGGAUGGGAUGAACUACCUGCGCUUUAGCCUGGAGGGGGGACGCUCUGACAGUCGAAUCCAAAGUUCAGACAGGUCCUACACUCCCAGUCACCACGGUUACUACUCUCCCAAACAGGACAGCCUGAUGGACGAGAUGCUAACCGGCCACAACGUGUCGUCUCUUGCCAGGGAAAAUGAGAAGGACUCGUACCGUCUGAGCUGGGGCACAGAAAACCUGGACAAUGUGGCACUGUCUUCCAGCCCCGUCCACUCUGGACGUUCCUCUCCGUGCCAUGAUCAUGGCGACAGCAGCUUCCUGGUUAGCUUCAUGGUUGACGCCAGGGGCGGAGCCAUGCGGGGUUGCCGCCACAACGGCCUGCGCAUCAUCAUCCCACCGCGGAAGUGCAGCGCUCCCACGCGGGUGACCUGCCGGCUGGUGAAGAGGCACCGUCUGGCCACCAUGCCUCCCAUGGUGGAGGGAGAGGGCCUGGCCAGCAGGCUGAUCGAGGUGGGGCCUGUUGGAGCCCAGUUCCUCGGUAAACUACACCUUCCCACUGCCCCGCCCCCUCUUAACGAGGGCGAGAGCCUCGUUAGCCGCAUCCUGCAGCUCGGGCCACCCGGGACAAAAUUCCUCGGGCCUGUGCUGGUGGAGAUCCCUCACUUCGCUGCCCUGAGGGGGAAGGAGAGGGAGCUGGUGAUUUUACGCAGUGAGACAGGAGAGAGCUGGAAGGAGCACCACUGUGAACACACUGGGGAGGAACUUAACCAGAUCCUCAAUGGCAUGGACGAGGAACUGGACCCUCCAGAGGAGCUGGAGAAGAAACGUAUCUGCCGCAUCAUCACCAGGGACUUCCCCCAGUACUUUGCUGUGGUGUCCCGGGUCAAGCAGGACAGUAGCCUGAUCGGUCCAGAGGGGGGCAUCCUGAGCAGCACGGUGAUGCCUCAGGUCCAAGCUGUCUUCCCAGAAGGAGCCCUCACCAAGAGGAUCAGAGUGGGACUACAGGCUCAGCCAAUGAAUGUGGACAUGGUGAGGAAGCUCCUGGGAAACAAGGCGACAUUCAGCCCCAUUGUGACCCUGGAGCCCCGGAGAAGGAAAUUCCAUAAACCCAUAACCAUGACCAUCCCUAUCCCCAAGAGUAACACUGACCCUGUGGUCAAUGGCUUCGGCGGGGAACAGCCCACCCUGCGCCUGCUUUGUAGUAUCACAGGUGGAACGACGCCAGCCCAGUGGGAGGACAUUACAGGAACCACGCCCCUAACAUUCAUCAACGACUGUGUCUCCUUCACGACCAACGUGUCGGCCAGGUUCUGGCUGAUAGACUGUCGGCAGGCACAGGAGUCGGUCAGUUUCUCUACUUCAGUCUACAGGGAGACCAUCUGCGUUCCCUACAUGGCCAAGUUUGUUAUCUUCGCAAAGUCCCAUGACCCCAUAGAGGCGCGGCUCCGCUGCUUCUGCAUGACGGAUGACAAGAUGGACAAAACCUUGGAACAGCAGGAGAACUUCACUGAGGUGGCCAGAAGCAGAGACGUAGAGGUCCUAGAGGGUAAACCCAUUUAUGCAGACUGCUUUGGCAACCUGGUCCCUCUCACCAAGAGUGGCCAGCACCAUCUCUUCAGCUUCUUUGCUUUCAAAGAGAACAGGCUGGCACUCUUCAUCAAGAUCCGAGACAACACUCAGGAUCCGUGUGGCCGUCUGUCCUUUAUGAAAGAACCCAGGUCUUAUAGAAGUCUGGCCCACAACGCUAUAUGCAACCUGAACAUCACACUACCAUCCUACUCAAAGGAAUCUGAUUCAGACCAAGAGGCUGAGGAAGAGAUCAGCAGGACGCUCGAGAAAUAUGACGAAGACACUACGUCGACAACAGUCCAGAAAAGAGAUCCGGACCUUCUCUCCGAUGUGUCUGAGCUGAAACAAGACCUGAUCAAAAUGACCGCCAUCCUAACCACGGAUUCCACUGACAAAUCCAGUUCUCUGGAAGGGAGCGGUCUGGACAAAGGGGCUGAGGAGGUUCAGGGCGAGCCGUUUGAAAUCAUGGAGAAGGUCAAAGAGGAUUUGGAGAAAGUGGGCAAGAUACUCAGGAGUGGAACAUUGGAGGGUGAGGUAGCAGAGGGGGCAGCAAUAGCAGCCAGAAUGAAUGAAGAGUGGAUCCUCCUCUCAGACUGUGAGAUAGAGGAGGCCAAAAAGAUGUCUGCCUUAGAACCCCAGGAACCUAUUCUACAUGAAGUCAGAGUCAACAGAGGGAUUCCCAGACCUAAAGCCAUCAAAGACGUGUCUGGCAUGAUCACACACCUGACUGGUGAACUCAAAGAAUAUCUCCUGGAUGUACCUGAGGGCUCCAGUGCAGCAGCUCAGGAGGAUGUGGUCCAAGAGAAAUUCACAGAGGUCGUGCUGCGCAAAGGUGUGAAAAGAACCACAACGACAAUAACAGCAACAGCUACAAUCAAAACUCCUGCUGUUGAACUCAAAAAGCCAGUCAGGAAGAAAGGAAAAGACCAGGAACAGGCGGAGAAAUCUACCUAUGGGGAUGCUCUCCUAAGUGCACCCACAGAUCCAAAACCAGUGUCACCUGUGUCCCCAGUAGUUGAGGAGACCCCCAUUGGGUCCAUAAAAGACAAAGUCAAAGCCCUUCAGCAGAAAGUGGAGGCAGAGCAGAAGGGUCAAAAGCCAACUAGCACCAAACCGUCAAAGGUUGCUGUGGAGAGCAAAAUCCCUCAAAGGACCGAAGAAACCACCCUUAAAUUGAAACAGAGCCCCGCAAAACAGGACACCACUAAACAGGGUCCCCCUAAGUCCCCCAAAACUGAGUCUGAGAAGCUGCAGGAGACUAUGUCAGUAAGGGAGCUCAUGCGAUCCUUCCAAAAGGGGCAGGACCCCUCAAAGAGAAAGUCUGGACUUUUCGAGCUCAAAACCCACACCUCUACAGAGCAUGAAACAACAGAAUCAGAAUUACAGCCCAAACAGUCAAAAUCCACUAUCAAAGCCACCACAAUCCGUUACAAACGGGAAAUAUCACUGGACGCCAUUCCUGGCGAGCACCACAGAGAGAAAGAUGAGCAAAUUAGCCCACACAGAAAGCACUCCAAAGACUUUGGUGCUGAAAUUAAAGCAGAGCUUGAGGACAAUCCGGAGUACCAACAGUUUAAGCAGACCUCUGUAGAGGGUAGUCCUGUUGCCCAGUCGGACCUAACUGAAACCGUAGAGUUUCUGAAUAUUUCCCUCUAUGAUAGCUCUGAUAGUUUGAAACAUGAGGGCGUGGCAGACUCUCCCAGUGCCAGCCUGGGUGAUGGUAGUCCUCCUCACCUUAGCUCAGAGGAUAGCCUCAAACACGAGGGCUUAGCCACCCCUGGAACAAGCCCUGACAGUCUCUCCCUCUCUCCCAAAAACGCUGACCAGUCCACUAAAAACUCAACAACUGCUACUAUAGCUGUCAAAGGUGACAAUAAAACCAAGGACAAGUCUGGAGACUCCGGUGUGGGGACCAUUGAUGACCAGCCAUCAACGGAAAUGACCCUCCCUGUCUUUCCCAGUGAGGCUGCAGACGACCGCACCACGAGUGAGUCCAUAUCUUUUCAGACGGGCGAGUCUAAGCCAUCUAAACCAAGAAAGCUUACAAAGAGAGUUUCAGAGACUUUAGAGAGCUUCCUUAGUGAUGAGGAGAGCCCUGAUGACAAGCUAGCAUCAGCUUUAGCUACGACCCUUGCUUCUAGUGCCUCUACCCAGCGUCAAGGAAGCUUAGAAUUGCCUUUAAAAGACCCAGAUACCCUCAGUCCCUUAGCCGACGAAUCUUUGACCAUAAGCCACAGAGACUCUCUAGACGAGGAUAGUCCCCUCAUGGAAGACGACUCCUCCCAUAGGACCCCAGACUCCAUCGAGCCCAGCCCAACAAAGGAAUCCCCCUGUUGUGACUCCUUAGAAAGCAGCCCCGUAGAGCAGAAAACGUUCCCUCCCAUUCUAGAUCAGCCCAGUGGGUCCUCUAGACACCCAGAACCCUCCAAAGCCUCAGACUUCCCCCCAGACGCGUUGCGUAGUAGGCUACUCAGGGACCAGGAGGCUAGUGCCAAUGAUGAUGACAGUAUCGAGCAGACUUCGUCCCAGAUGGAAAGUUCUGGUAAGAGUCCCCUCUCCCCCGACACCCCUAGUUCUGAAGAGGUAAGUUAUGAGGUAAACCCCAAAACCCCUGACCACAUGUACCUAUCUGUGGUGUCCAUACCCGAAUACUCAGAGGAAGAGGAUGAUGAGGCAGAAGCACAGAGGAAAUUCAUCCCAGAGGAUGAGAUGUUAAAAAUGUCAGCCAAAAAAAAAACAUUUGAGGAAGUGGACCAGGACACCAGAGCCAAAAAGAACUCUAGAAAAUAUAUCAUUGCCUUAGCAGGUGACGAAGCAGGGGAUGAUAGCUUCAAAACAGUUGAACUAGAGUCCGCAAAUGAGAGUGGGCUCAAUAGGGCCAAGGAGGCCUCAGAGUUAGCUCUUUCUGUUGAAUCCCUUAUUAAAGUACAACCUCCCUCUCCUUUUCCAGCAGGUGUGCAUGAAGGAAUCCACCACACAGAAGCCAAGAGCACAGCUACAAUGGUAGCAGUGGAGGGACCUCAAUCUGUCUCAGAGCAGCAUGUCCCACAAUCAGUUCAGUCACGCAAAGACAUGGAUGACACGGAAGACAGUUUAGCUAAAACGGUUACCGUGUCUUCCAGCUCUGAGGGGGCUGCAAACAUAACCGAUGAGCAGAAGGAGGAAAGCUUGAGGAAAUCAAGGGAAAGCCAGGAGGAUGAUGGGGGAGGGAAAGAAGCAGAUGCAGGCAGUCUGCAGACAGCUGCUGUAAAAGCUCCCUGUCAAAUAGAGAGUAAUAUAACUGACGAAGUGAAAGGAGAUCACAGGAGGCACUCAGGAGCCCCUGAGGUAGAAACGUCCUCCACUACUGUCAUUGGACAAGUGAGGGAAACAUUCAAACCCGAGAUCUGUAUCUACGAUGACACAGAGGAAGACGAUGAGGAAGAGGAACCUCCCAGAACCGAGUCAAAGGGCGUAACCGCCAGAGCGGAGGCAGACCCUUGGAGUGCCAUGCGCGAAGACGAUGAUGCUUUUGCGGCCCGCGUCAAAGAGGAAGAGCAGAAGAUCUUGGGUCUGAUUGUAGACCGGCAGUCCCAGGGGGCAACCCCGGACACCACCCCAGGAAGGAGCCCCACGGAGGAAAGCACGCCAACCAGCGAGCCCAAUCCAUUCCUCUUCCAAGAGGGGAAGCUCUUUGAGAUGACUCGGAGCGGAGCUAUUGACAUGACCAAACGGAGCUAUGAGGACGAGGGCUUUGCCUUCUUCCAGAUAGGCGAGCAGCCCCUAGAGGAGGUGCUAGCUGAACAGGUCAUAGAUGAGCCAGGAGAUAGAGGAGUCCAAACAGAAAUCGGACUCAACCUGACUCUGCAAAUAAAAGUGGAGGAAGACGAGGAACAGGCGAAAGGUGCUUCAGAUUCCACACACCGUGCCUCGACAGAGGACGAUCAGAAAGGUAGUGAAGCUGCAGCAGCCUCCCCCUCAAAAUCAGAUGCUUCUAAGUCUAGAAUCCCUAGAAUGGGUCUUUCUGCCUCAGCUAAGACCACUAAGAAAGACAAAGACCCAGUAUCGCCAGUGUCUCCUGAAACUGUAGAGGUGAAACCAGACAUAAUUGUAGAGGAGACCCCCCUAGAGGUAGAAAGUAGUUCCCUCAAUCCAAUGAUAACAGAUGUUGAGACAGCAGUAACCACUGUCACUCGAUCAGUGUACCCAGAACAGGACCAAGAGUCCUCUGACUCCUCUCCAGAGGAGCAACAUUCGGUCAUAGAACUCCCCCAAACAACAGAAAAGACCAAAACCCCAACUUCUACUGAAAAGGUUCCAAAGAUCCCAACUAAAACCCCAGCCAAGGCUGGCCCCCAAAGUCAGGUUAAAACUGCUUCCUCCUUUACAUCCCCUGCAUCCCCCUCUUCAGCUAGUCCUAAAAAAGAGACUCUCGCUUUAGAGUCCAAAUCGAGAAUACCUGUCAAGGGCAAGGCUAGCCCUGUCAAGCCUGAGCCAUCAGUUAAACGUACUGAGUCAACCCAGGACGCAAAGCUCAAGGUCCCAGUAAAAAAGGACUUGAGGAGAAAGUCUGAGACAGAUACAGGUCCCUCUGCUGUACCCAAAACCAAGACGCCGUCUUCCAAAGCCAAGAGUUUCUGUGAGGCAGACAAGUCAUCAUCUAAAAAGGACCUGGGUCGUCCCAUGAGCGAUGACUACUCCACCAAGCCAAAGUCGGGCUUUGGUUUCCAAUCUAGGCUGCCAGUUAGAGGCAAGCUUGGUCAGACAUCUCACACUUCCACCCCCGCCAAAGACAAAAGCGAGCCACGCAAGAAGUCUAUAGAGUUUGUCGAUAAGAUUAGCGACGAAGUUGCAAAGCUAGUUGAGAGAUUUCCUCAGGACGAGAAAAACAAAGAGCAGGAGGCUGCUGUCUCGGAUGAUGAGAGCAGCGGCAUAGAUCCCUCUGUCAUAGAGAGGGAGACUUUUCCCGAAAUACAGUUCCCUGCUUCCGGAGAUGUCUAUCCCAUUAGACCCCUGUGGGAUGACCCUGUUCACACACAGAUGCAACGGAUUCCCGACGAUACAGUCAGAAGUCAAGUAGAUUCCCAGGAUGAAGCCGAGAGGAAAGAGGAACGGUUGGAAAUAAUAGCCGACCACCUGGGCUUCAGUUGGACGGAGCUGGCUCGAGAACUGGAGUUCAGUGAGGAGAAGGUCAAUCUAAUAAGGCUUGAGAACCCCAAUUCACUACAGGACCAAAGCCACGCCCUGCUGAAGCUCUGGACUGACAGGGAGGGUAAAAAUGUCACAGAAGCAUCACUGAUCAAAAGACUAACCAAAAUCAACAGAAUGGACAUUGUCCACCUCAUCGAAACCAAGAUGGUCAAGUCCACCCAGGAGGACACAUCACACACCUAUGCAGAGAUUGAGAGGACCAUUGCACUGGAUCACAGUGAAGGUUUCUCUGCCCUCCAUGAGGACGUAGACAGUCCCCGGCCAGGCAGGCGUACAGACAGCACCCCCAGUGGGCCAGGGUCCAGGCAGGGGCCCCUCGUGGUGUCAGAGGAGGACCUCUCCUCCAGCAUGUCGUCACAUCACGAGACUUCAGGGCGGGUGGAGACAGACGAAUCAGUAACAGGCCUCCUGAGACACGUCCAGAAGGAGAAGCUGCAGAAAGAGAUGGAUUCGACAUAUUCUGUGGGCGGUACAUCAGAUACUGGACCGGAGAAGGCUGAGUCACUACAUAUGGGCACUUUCAAACAAGCAGAUGACCUGCCAGACAUCCCUCCCCAGACAGUCACAGAAGAACAGUACAUGGAUGAGCAAGGAAACAUGGUAGUCAAGAAGAUCACACGGAAGGUGAUCCGUAAGUACUUCUCUCCAGACGGUGUGGAGAGAGAGGAGGUGACGGUGCAGGGAUCUCAGCAGGAGAUGGUCAGCGUGGAGGAGGGAGAUGCCUUCUCCAAGGUGGUGAAGAGGACAGUGGUCCGGAGUGAGGGAGAUCAGACUGAGUUGACCUUCUCGGAGCCCCUUGCCCUGGGGGCUACCAUGGCCUCGGAGAUCGAGUCAGAGCAGACGCAGGGUCGAAAGGUCAGCAAGGUGGUCAAGACGACGGUGGUGAGGGGCGAGAGGAUGGAGAAGCAGACGGGUGACCCCUCGCUGGCCGCAGACCUCCCCUCGGCCAAAGAGGACUUUGAGAAGGCAUUGAGUUAUGCUGGAGGCUUUGGGAAAAUUCAACUUCCCCAUUUAGUAGAGAAAGAGGUUGUGAAGGAGGACGGUUCUGUUGUCAAAAGAACCCAGAUGCAUAAGUCUCGUACCCAGAAGAGGACUGUGGCGAUGGAUGCCCAGGGUAAGCAUGUGCACCUGGAGCGGCUGGACGACACCCCAGAGACCCUCCAACCCGAUGCCCUUCAGCAACACCUGCACUUGCUGCUCCAACGCUAUUGCGCCAAGGAGGAGGAGGGAGGAGAGAAGGAGAAAGAGGAGGAGAGGAGAAAGAAGAAGUGAUGGGCUUUUUUGAUUUGCUGGCUUAGUUGUGUGUCUUCCCUUUUGGCCUCGCCCCCCAUGCUACAUAAGCCUCCUAUCCACAAAAAGCCUAUGAAGUCUUGUAAGCUAAUCUCUACCACAACUCUAACCCCUCGGUGACCCCUAACAACCCUUAACCUUUACCGCCCAGCCAGACUUCCCCUGCUAAAGACACUGGAUUGCGUUUUGGUUUCAAUUUGAGUUUUUCCCUUUCGUGGCAAUUCUUAUUAUUUUUGGGGGCUUUUGACUUGUUUCCAGUUUUUUUUUGCUCAUUUUGUGACCAAAGAUGGCACCCCCUUUCUCGUCGGGUGACUUAGAAUAUUUUUUUUGUCGUUAUCCUUUUGUUUGGUUCUUUUAGUUUUUGGCUGCUGUGGUACAAUAAAAAAACAACACAAAAAAAUGCAACGAAUGAAAACAGCUACAGGAAACGUAUGAAGAGGGUGCACCUCGCACAUUUGCCUCAUGUAGAGGCCUCUUUCUGAAGGAACGAUUGUAAACAUUUGUAAAUAGAGAAGACUGGUAGAAAACAAAACAAACAGCAAUUCAAAAGCAUUUGUUAUAUUUGUCCCACGGUACCUGCUGUACGUGUACCAAUCUGGUCUGAGGUCAAAGGUGAAGGGUCUUAACAAAUUUGACCCUUUUCAUCCGACUAUCAAGAGAUUGUUACAUAGGAGUCAGUUGUCAUAAACAGUUUUGGAGAGAUACUGUUUUAAAGGAGUGAAUGCCAUAGUCUUUCAUCAAGGACUUUUGAUUCAGAUAAGCGCAAAUACGCUGUGAUCUGAACCCCCAUUUUACUGAAGCAAAUCAUCCCCAUAUAACCCUCCACUACAGUUCAGUUUACAAAGUUGGCUCAAGGUGGUUAUGUGUGUAAUGAUGUGGUGUCGUUUUUUUACAUGAGCUUUGUGAACACACGUUCAGCCCCAGCCCCAGGUACUGUCCCCAUCUCCCUGUUUUUCUCUGUCUGUUUCUGUCUCAUGGGUGUUGUGUAGUCAAACUUCCUUCUGAGCAGUGCAUCAGACUGCUGCCACCUAUGUGUGUGUGUGUGCAUGUGCGCGCACGUAUGUAUGUGAGUGUGUUUGUGUGUUAGUUCAUAGUAUCCUCACCGACAUUGCGACCUGCCAUUUGCGAAAGAAAUGAUCUAGAAUGUUCUCUUUUCUUGUCCUUCAUGUACGCGCUUUUAUCUUCCAUUACUACACCUAUAGGUCAUAACACUAGGUACGUCGCCCCUCCUUCCCUCCCAUCACUACACCUAUAGGUCAUAACACUGGGUACGUCACCCCUCCUUCCCUCCCGUUACUACACCUAUAGGUCAUAACACUGGGUACGUCGCCCCUCCUUCCCUCCCAUCACUACACCUAUAGGUCAUAACACUGGGUACGUCACCCCUCCUUCCCUCCCAUAACUACACCUAUAGGUCAUAACACUAGGUACGUCGCCCCUCCUUCCCUCCCGUCACUACACCUAUAGGUCAUAACACUAGGUACGUCGCCCCUCCUUCCCUCCCGUCACUACACCUAUAGGUCAUAACACUGGGUACGUCGCCCCUCCUUCCCUCCCGUCACUACACCUAUAGGUUAUAACACUAGGUACGUCACCCCUCCUUCCCUCCCAUCACUACACCUAUAGGUCAUAACACUGGGUACGUCGCCCCUCCUUCCCUCCCGUCACUACACCUAUAGGUUAUAACACUAGGUACGUCACCCCUCCUUCCCUCCCAUCACUACACCUAUAGGUCAUAACACUGGGUACGUCGCCCCUCCUUCCCUCCCAUCACUACACCUAUAGGUCAUAACACUGGGUACGUCGCCACUCCUUCCCUCCCAUCACUACACCUAUAGGUCAUAACACUGGGUACGUCGCCCCUCCUUCCCUCCCAUCACUACAACUAUAGGUCAUAACACUAGGUACGUCGCCCCUCCUUCCCUCCCAUGAGUCACUUGUGCGUGCCAUCUCACCCCUGUUCAUUUCCCUCCUAUCAAUGACUUUGAUUAAAGGUAUACUCAGCGAUAUGACGUAGAUGCAGAAAGUUAACAUAGUGGGUCAAUUUCCACAACAACUAAGAGCGUUGAAGCGUGAGGCUCAACUUCUCUGCUGUUUUGGUCCUGUGGCUACCACUCUGUGAACAGCGUGAAGCGAACCCGUGCACAUGCGCAGAUACUGUGUGUGACUGUGUGAGAGCGAAGUCUUGCAUCUCGCUCAUCUCAAUAUCUGCGGUGCUUCUCGUGGCAACCUCAUUUCAUUGAGUGUACCUUUUUAAGCCUGUUAAGAUUGUACAAGCAAGUAUGGGACAGAGAGAGACCAGUGUGCUGUAGUCGUUCUGUUUUAUUUGCUGCUGUUGGUUUAUGGUAUCCAAUAAAUGGUGAUAAGAUGGAAAGAUUGGCACAUCAGUUUCUGACAGAUUAUUUUUGGUCUGCUUCGUGUUUGCGUGUCAUAGUAGCGUGGAGAUAGAAGAUCCUUUAUCAUUGGCUCUUUUACAUGCAUUAUUUCUUGCUCAAUGGUAUGUUUCCACAAUCUUGUUCUGAGGGCAGAUUGGUUGGAUGGCCAAGGAACGGAGCUUGAGCUAUAUGAUUGGUUGGAUGGGGCCAAGGGGUGGAGCUUGUGACAGGUGAAAGUCAAAUGAGAAAAGCAACGUUAGUGGUAGGUUGGUGGAUGGAUGAACGAAUGGUGUUAAACGCGGUUUGCGACAUUAACGUCCCUGGUUCAACUCCCCAUGCGUCGCUUCUUGUUUCCUAAACUAACUUCAUCUUACUUUCUAAAAAUGUUUUUACCCCUUUUUCUCAGUAUCCAAUUGGUAGUUACAGCAUUGUCUCAUCGCUGCAACUCCCGUACGGACUCGGGAGAGGCAAAGGUCAAGAGCCAUGCAUCCUCUGAAACAUAACCCAACCAAGCCACACUGCCCACUUAACCCAGAAGCACCAAUGUGUCAGAGGAAACACUGUACACCUGGCGACCAUGUUAGCAUGCACUGCAUCUGGCCAACCACAGGGGUCACUAGUGCACAAAGACAUCCCUGCCAGCCAAACCCUCCUCUUUCCCAGACUAUGCUGGGCCAAUUGUGUGCCACCCCAUGGGUCUCCCAGUCGUGGUCAGCGGUGACAGAGCCUGGACUCGAACCCAGAAUCUCUAGUAGCACAGCUAGCACUGCCUUAGGCCACUCAUUACUUGAGAAAGUAAACUGUUCAUCAUUUUUUUGGACUGGUUAGAUUCAAAAGACCAAAACUUCCAGUUCAUGGGGUGUACCUGAGUGGCAGAGGGUGUAAGACAUAGGUUGCCAUACAGAAGGUGCCUAGUUCAAAUCCCGGUGUAGCUUUUAUUUCCUUCACAUUUCUUGCCUAAACGUUCUGCCCUCAGAACAAGCUCUACUGUUAAAUACCAUCCAAGCAAUAUCAUUGUGAUUUUGGCCCCCACAGACUUGCAAGGCCUAUUCAUUUCAACUGGUAUACAUGGGGGUGGACUAAACACUGAGCAGUCUUCUGCAGAUUACAUAUUUGCCAAGUUUAAUUUUGUUUCUACGUAUUUAUUGAUGUCCAGCCAUGCUCCUCCUCUCCUCCUCCAGUGGGCGGAGACAUGAGUGUGUUUUAUGUGUGUGUUUGUGUGAGUGCAAGUUGAAGAUGGGAAAGGGAAUUUCAAUUAAAACUCUUCGACCGAUAAGUUGCCAUUGUACGCAAGGCUUCACAUGAAUUCUGAAACGCUCUAGAAACCAUGACUGAAACAAAUGCAGAAACCAAAAACAGAACUGACAUGGAUGUACUGUAAUCUUGGGCUGGCUGGCUGAAAGCAUCGUUGGUGUUAUCUGUGGUACAGACUUUAUCUAUGUAAGCUAUCUAAUAUUACGGUUCAUCACUUUGCCAAUUUACUUUGUGUGAUCAAAAUAAAAGAAACAAAAAAGUAAUUGUCAAAAAAGUGCAUUUGAUUUGAUGAAUCCGCAUCUUGUUUCCAUGGUGAUAACAAUAUUACACAUAUAUAAAUAUCUAUGAGGGCAUGUAUUAGUUAUGAAGUUAAUAAAGGAGGGAAAAGUCUGAAUGGCUAACAUGGUAUAGCGGCUACAGUGUACGUGGCAGAAUAUUAAAUUGUACAUGUGUCAAA